AUGUUCUUAUUCUUUUAUAGUUUCGCUGUUAUUGCGAUACUUGGAGCAUCAGCUGCAAGUGUAAACGAAAUAAACGAAGUGAAAAUCGUCGGCGGUUCCGUAGCAGAGGACGGACAGUAUCCCUAUCAAGCGUCACUGCGUUAUAAAAAUCGUCAUUUCUGUGGUGGAUCGGUAUUAAACGAGAGAUGGAUAUUGACAGCUGCUCAUUGCUUAUCAAGUUUCAAUGAUACGGGAAUAACUGUCGUGCUGGGUACCAACACUUUAGACAAAGAUGGCACCGAAUAUCAAUCUGAAAAAAUAAUUAGCCAUCCAAAGUAUAGUUCUGCAUUGAUCAGAAACGAUAUUGGACUGAUCAAGUUGGACAAGGAUAUCGUUUUUGGAGACAAAGUGAAGCCCAUCGCGUUACCUACAGAAAAUUUCAGCAAGAUAGAUUAUCCUGCUGUACUGUCCGGUUGGGGAACAACUAGCUAUCCCGGACAAACGCCGAACGAGCUGUAUCAUAUUCAGUUGAGCGUGAUCGAUCAAAAACAAUGUUUAAACGCUAGCUUCCGUGUCACCAACGACAAUAUCUGCACACUUAACAAGAGGGGUGAAGGUGCUUGUCACGGUGAUUCUGGUGGUCCUUUGGUUACCGACAAUGAACAAAUUGGAAUCGUAUCCUGGGGAAUACCGUGUGCAAGAGGUCGACCGGAUGUCUUCACCCGUGUCUACAGUUAUAUUGAUUGGAUCAAAGAUCACACAGAAAAUAAGAGUUAG